UGUGCAUUUCACCAGCGAUGACCAACAGUCCGCAUGACAUGCUUGUAACAACCUGCAUCAGCAGAAGUGACCCACUGUUGCUGUUGCCACUGCUGAAACACACCACCCACUGCCUCACUGUGAUCACAUCCACUGCAUGGUCUCCAUAAAUGUUCAUCAAGCAUCAAUGAAUGUCAGUGGGUGCCAUUGUUUCAGCAUGAGGAAAUCAAUGAUCCACCUUUGCUUCAUGUGCAUGUCCAUGUCAGACUGUUCCACUGCUGCUAUGUGUGGCACAGCAACAACAUGUCACAGAAUGCUGGCAGGAAGGUUCAGCCUCUGCUGCCAUCCCACCAACGUCUUGUGCUGUAGCAGAAGUGCUGAGUCACAGCCUGAAACAGUGAUGAAGCACCUGGUGGGAAGGUAGGGUCAACCCAGGGGAGCUCAGGUGCAAGAAAUGCAGUUGAAUGAUUGGAAAGGGGUGGAGGCAGGAUCCACCCCUUCCCAGACCUCGUUUAAGGGUUGGCAGUGGAUGCUAGGGCAUCUCUUGCUGGAUAUCCCUGCCUUCCUGAGGCCUUCCAAAGGUCAAAGGGUGAUGGCCAGAUACAAAGCAGUCUGCGGGUCCUUCACACGUGGGUUAACCAACAUGGCUCGCUCGAGCUUUCUUCAGAGGCGUGGAAUCAGGACUCCGUGCCCUUGCCAGAAGGAAGGGAAGUGGAGCAGAGGUGCAGUCCGAGGGAGAGGACUUGCGAGCCCCGAAGGCAGCAGGGCCGUGCCGGGCCGCGAGUGCCUCCCGCCCGCGACAGCACCAUGGAGAGCGCCCGGGGAGCCGCGCCGCACCGCACAGUACCGGACCGUACAGCAAAAUGGCCGCUGCUCCGCGUCUCGCCGUGCAAGUGGGCUCACGCGGGCUGGGGCCAGCGAGCUGGUAGGAACGUGUUCCUGCCCGCACCUUCCAGCCAGCUCGGAGGGAAAUCGAUCUGCUCUCUUUCCACAAGUCAGCAGUGUGUGUAAAGGAUUAUUUCAUCAAGGGAAGAACAACUCAGCUCCUGGUACACGUGAAUCCCCACUUUGAAGGACAAAGGAGAAAAACUUUGUGUUUCAAAAGGACCUGCAAGUUGUGGGAAAUGGUGGGGGACUGUAUUUGCUUCAGAUUAUUUUGCUUCUCCCUGCAAGGUAAGGAACUUAUAAUUUAAUGGGAAGCUAAAUUGUUUAAUGGCUUAAGCCAUCUUUCCAACAGCAGGAGAAUAUGAACUGUAUAAGAAACAAAUGUGCAGAUCUGGAUCCUCAAGUGAAGAAAAGAAAGUAAUGUAAGUAAAUAAUUUGACUGUCAGAGGGGGUUGAAAUUCAUCCCUGAUUUUCUCUGAUAUGUGGUAUUCUGUGUGUGGAGCAGGGGUUUGCGGUCAUAAUCUAAGUGGAACUAACAGCAUCUAUAGCCCAGAGGACGGGGAGAAAGGGCAAAGUAUGGUGAUGCUCUUACCUGAAAGGGAGAAGGUUAUGUGUUCCAUGAUACAGUAAGGCUGGGAUAACUGAGAAGAAUUUGCUUGCAGGGAGGUAUGAGGACCCCUGUUCUUUGCACUCUGACCUUCCGUUGUCCCUUGCACAGCAUUCAAAAGGAUUGUGCAGUCCCCUUGAUCUAUUUAAGAGAAAGAAACUGUGUCAAAUCUCUCCAUUCCCUAGCCAACUGUCUUUCAGAUCACAUCUAUAUUGUAUUAUAGCAAGAUAGUACGAUAUAAGAUGCACAUUAAUUAAUACUGUGUUGAUCAUUAAUCUGUUUGGAUAAGGACAAUUGCAUCUGCUGUAACAUAACCGUAAGCAACUCACAACACUUCCGACAUAACAGCUCCUGUACACGGUCGUUGUUAGGUAACUUCUAACACUUAUUCAAAAUGAUUAAUGUUUCUUUUUCCUGAGGUGUCUUUUUCAAUAAAUAAGGCCUCAGAGUGUGUUUGUCAUUGUUUCCAUGUAGUACAAUACAGAUGGCUGCUCAGAUGAUUUCUGUAAGAAGUGGUUGCUUUGCUCUGAAAAGCAUUUACAUUUGGUCCACUGAUGUCCACUGACAGAAGUUCUUGUAAGAGCUCUGACAUUUAGAGAAAAUAUAAAAUGUACUUUGAUUGCUGAAGUUAAUUUUAACAAAACCUUUGAACUGUCUAAACAGUCUGAUGAAGUAGGCAUUGAAUUCCAGCUCUGUUGUUAUGGUUUUGAAUUGUGCAUUACAAUAAGAAAAACUAAAAACAUCUCAAGGCAGGCAAAAUUUGAGCAUAUAAAACCUCAACAUUUCUUCCUUAUCUUUGCACAAUAUUAUUAUGCUUUUCAUGUGCUUGCAGAACAGUAUGGAUAUUGAGGUUGCAAAAGUCAGCUAUGUUGAGAGGUAGAGGAUGGAAGCAAUAGCUGUUUUGCAGCCCAGCACUAUAUUGUUGUUCACUUUGGUCUGUCUUUUUUGCAUAUGGAUGAUCCUGGGUACCCACUUGCUGCAUGGGAGAUUAGUGCCUCUGCCUCCUUACAGGAUGAGAUGUUUGUUCUGCACUACACUUAGGCUAAGAAUAUUUACCAAAGCAGCCAGUAGGUAUGUAGAGGUGAUAGGAGACUCAUUAAACUGGUGAACGCAUUUAUCAGAGGAAUAGGUGUAAACACAUUUGGUUACUUUAAGUUAUGCGAACUUGCAUUCUACUGACUCUACAGUCAAAUGUACUGAUUAUUUUUCUUAAGCAGGUCAUGCAUGGUGCUAGUGACUGCUCAAAAGUAAACAUCGCCAACAGCAGUGCAGAAAGAAGUGUUGGACAGACACGAGUAGUAUGUACUGUGUUUCAAAUACAAGUCAUCAGUCAUCAAUAGGACUCUGAUUGUUCGUGCUAGCAUUUACCUGUCCAUAAUGAGGAAAUGAAAAUUACAAUUGCCUUUAAGCAAAACGUUUGUGUGUUUUUAGUUCCUUGCAGGUCCUGUUCUUUCAGCUGUUUCAUAGACCUCUGUGUAUUUCUCAAGCUUAUUGAACUCCACAAGGUUCUCUCCUAGUAUUCCCAAGUCCACCUUUAUUUUGUAUUUACUGUACUGGAAAGAGUGAACUUCGGCAUGGAUGCAUUCUGAAGAAAAUUCUGUUGUUGGUUUUUUUGUCUGUUUCUUUUUUUUUUUUUCCUUAAGCCGGAAAGAGAUCUGCUUCACUGCUGGUCAGCUGGCAGAGACAAGAAUCCAAGAACUGCUGUAGAAUGGGGAAACUGGGAAGAACUGACCGAUUCCUGUCACUGUGGAGGUUUUCUGCUCUCAGUACUAGCAGGAGACAAACAGGUAUUUAUCACUGAAAAAAAUAUAUAUAUCUAACAUUAGAAAUGCCAGCAGCAGCCUAUCUCCAACAGAUGCAACUCAGUGCCAGUUUUUUGUCCCUUUGGAAAGUUAUUUCUGCAUGCUGUGGGAGUGCCUCAUGAAGUAAAGUAAUGAAGCUAUUGUAAAUAUAUAUGCCUAAAUAUGGAUCUGAAUUAAGAAGUGAUUGAAUAAGUUGUUUUUUCUACAUCAAUAAUGUAAAACAUACUGACUUUUUAGCUGCUUUCUGUUUGUUCUCUGUAUAGGAAAAGAAAAGCCAACAUCCCAAAAGCAAACAAAAACCUAUAGAGAAAGCUAGCCAUGUUCACUGCUGAAAAGUAAGUUGCGAGCACUAAAAAGAAACAAAUAAUGAAGGUUUCCACAGCAACCUAAGUUCUGUAGUGCAAAUUGAUGACUUUCAUUCUGUUUUAUUACAUAAUGAUAGGACAGAUACUCUAUAAGAAGUGCUGGAUGCAUUCAAAGUUCGAUUAUUAAGAGGUUUGGUGUGCUCCUAAGACCUGACAUCAAGCCAUUUAGUUCUAGGGGUUUCUGAAAAUGCUGUGUGGAGGGUGUUGUUUUCUUCCUGUGGCCAACCUUGCGCACUGAAGCUGUGUGUUUGGGUUACAGAUCUUACCAAUAACUGCUCAGGAGGUGUAAGUA